AUUUUCUUUUCAGAUUAUUUUGGCCUAUUUUGAGUGAUUUUAACAGAAAAAGGAGUAGAAUAAUUCAUAUUUUAAUCUUAAUGAUUAUGCAACAAAUUAACUUAGUUUUGAAAAUUUCCAAUUCAAAAAAAAUCUAACAUUUCCUUACAUUUAUGAGUAUCCCAGUUUAAUAUCAAUGAAAUCUGGACAAAUAUGGAUGUAGCAAGUAUAGAUGAAUUUUGUGUGAAUACAUUUUUUAAUAAAAGAAUAUUACCAAAUGAGAUGAAAGCUUAUGAACCUGAGAAACCUGAUCCGGUAAUAAAUGAAACUAAUGAAAAUAGAUUUAAGGAUAAUUGUACAAUUAAAUUAAAAAAUAAAGGAAGUAAGAAAGACAUCAAGAGGAAAUACUUAUUGAGGCUACUUGGUUUCAGUAGGCAAGAAUUAGCAGAGUAUUUGAUUUAUAACAGGAAAAAAUUUCUUGAAAUUUUGGAAGAUUCUGAAAUUGAUUUAAAUACAUUAUCACUCCUCUUUGAUGUCAUUUCAAAGGCAUGUAGUGGAAGAUAUUCCACAUGCAACAAAUAUAUAUCUUAUUUAGUUCAAUUUUCAUCACUUUGGUUGAAUAUUCUACCUUCUGUUUUUCCCAAAAUAAUAAUCAAUGAUAAUGAAUGUUUGAAUUCAUUGUUUGCUGCUGCAGAAAUGAUGUAUGCCUCUACUUUAAAUACUUACAUUAUUAAUCACAUAGAAAAGAUAAUAGAAGCAGUACCCAAAGAACUUGAUGUUGAAGUGAAAAGUAAGUUUUUGAAAUUGAAAGAGAAAGAAAUAGAUCCUUGGAAUGACAUAGAUGAUUGCCGUUCCUCUGAAUCUGUAUUUGUGGUUCAGUCGGAUCUAACAAGUCCAUAUUAUUUAAUGAGUCGAAAAGAUUCAAUUUGUGGGAAUUACAGUGUAAGUGACUAUUUAGAUUGCUAUUUCAUUUUAAUUAAAGAAACUAUAAUAAAUCAUUAUAGAAAACUAGUCCAGUCUUACUGGAACCACCAUGAAGAAAAAUCUGUACUUGAUAACAUUAUAAUUAAGAAACAGUUAUUUCUGGAUGAUGGUGUUCAUCUCAUUGUUAAAUUAUCAUCCUUAAAAGAAGGGACUCAACAGUUCCAACCUGGUAUGGAAUUAUGUUUGUCAAUAGAUGAAUUCGAUACUCUGGAAUUUGCUUCAGUCUUAUCUGUUGAAAAUAAUAUAAAAGAGUCAUUCCUGGAAGUUAAACUAAUUACACGUAAUGAUAAUAUAUCAAUUAAAGAAAACAAAUGCAUCAUUGUGGAAUCUAUUAAAGAUGGAAAUUUCUAUAGUAAAAUUCUUUGUGCUUUAAAAGGCCAAAAAGACUUAGCAUUUGAAAAUUUAAUUGUGAAAGAAGAAAAAUCUCUUAAACCUCCAAAGUAUAUAAAUUCCUCAACAAUAAUGGAAUUUACUCCAUUAAGUAAUUUUCAGGCAGAUGAAUGGUUUGAAACUGAGAAUCAGAAUGAAAAUAAAACUAAAAAAUUGAAAAUUAAAAUAUUAAAUAAAACAUGGCCUGUGGAUAAAUUCUGUACUUCUCCACAGGAAGUAAAUAUGAUUAAAGAAAUAUUCCAGCGAGAAUUAGCUUUAGUUAAAGCUGAUGACAAUUUAUGUGCAAGUCUCUGUUUAAAUAUAAUUAAAAUAUUAGAAUUUAACAGAGCAGUUUGGCAGAAAGGUGAGCAUUGUCCUAUAUUAAUUUUGUGCAAUUCAGAAAAGAUGAUAGAAGAAAUGAGUGUGGAGUGUGUAAAUAUUAGCAAAAGACCAAUAUUGCUGCAUGAGAAACAUAAAUUAGAAAAAGACAAUAAGCAAUUGAAGAAAAUAAUUAGGCAACAUGGCAAAUACAUAGAGAAAAUAUUGAAUAAAAUUGAUAUUGGAAACAGAGAUCCUCUAGAAGUUUUAAAAUAUGAAGAGAUAUUGAAAUUUAAUGAUUGCUACAUUCUUUUGAAACAAAACAAAAUUCUAGAAUGGUUGUGCCUCACAAAAGAUACUUUUAUUGCAUACAUAUAUUUUUCCGAAGAAUUUAAUUGGUUCAGAGUAUUGGAAAAUGAAUGUCACUUUGAUAAACACAGUAGUAACUAUUUCCAUUAUAUUGCUAAUAAUAUGUUUAAUAUUAAAGAUGAAAUGAGCAAGGAAGAAGCUGCUGAUGUAUCUGAUAUUUGGUCUCUUGACCUUAUUGACCGAUGGAGACUUGUGAGAUACUGGAAAAAUUCAAUAAUAGAUGGUUUAGAAAGAGAUGCAUGUAAUGAAAAGCAACAUUAUUACCAAUUGUUAGAUGUUCUGGACAGUCUUUGUUGCAAGUUCAAUUGUGAUAUUAUUAAAGAUGCUUCAAUAAUUCUUGCAACUUCUAAGACAGCAUUAAACAAUAUUGAUGUUUUUAACAGUAUUAAGCCACAUGUAACAAUUGUAAUGAUAUUAGAAGCAAACAAAAUACCAGAGCCUUACUUAAUACCAUUUUUACAUUCAAAUAUUGAACAUUUGAUUCUUUUUGGAUCAUCUUCAGAUCCUCUUGUUAAAAUAGACAAUGAGAUUAGUGCAUCUAUGUAUGGAAGAUUAAUUGGCAGUCAUCUUCCUUACAGUGAAUGGAUUGAGACUUCUGAAAACAAGGAUAAAAUACGACGACUCACUUGCGGACAUACAACUCAUUAUCCUUCAGAUAAUGAAAAUUUUAAAUGUAUGGAAUCAAUAUAUUACAUGUGUAAAUGUGGUAAACAAGUUUGCAUUCCAUGCUGUCAGCAAAAUGAAUAUAAAUGUGAUGAAACAAUUACUAUACGUCUCUCUUGUGAUCAUUCUGUUAGCAUUAAAUGUAUGGAAAAAGAUACUUUUGAUUUAACGUGCAACAAGCGGAAGGAUGUAUUAUUACCCUGCAAGCACAGAGUUAAUAUUGCUUGUGUGGAGCUAAAAGAAAAGAGAGAAGAAUACUUCAAUAAUGGUUGUUAUAAGAGAUGUAACACAAUUUUGAAUUGCGGACAUAAAUGUACAGGAAUAUGUUCGAACUGUAAAUCUAUAUCUGUGCACGAGGGCUGCAAAGAGAGAUGUCAAACCGUCUUGAAUUGCAGACAUCAGUGUAAAGAUAAAUGUGGAGUUCCCUGUCCUCCGUGUUCACUACCUUGCGACUGGGAAUGCUCACAUAAGGCAUGUGAUAAAUUGUGUGGAGAUCUUUGCGAAAAAUGCUAUGAUCAAUGUGCAUGGGCAUGUUCUCAUUACAGAUGUAGUAAGCAAUGUUGGGAAGAAUGUGAUAGAGGUCUAUGCGAAAGAGAUUGUCCACUUAUAUUAACUUGUGGUCAUCGGUGUGUCGGAAUAUGUGGUGAAACAUGCCCAUCUUUGUGUUCUGUUUGCAAUCCAGAAAUGUAUGAAAAUUACCUUUUGCCUGAAUGCGGACAAAUUUUAGAAUUAAGUUGUGGCCACAUGUUUAACCGAAUAACCCUGAUAUCAACAUUGGAUUCAUUUCAGAAUUCAAGACCGGUCUGUCCUUUAUGUAAUAUUCCUAUCAAGAAUAAAGGAUUUAUUGGUACAUACAUCAAAAAAUGGCAUAUAUUAUCCUCGAAGAAGAAAGAUUAUAUAUUAAAAACCCUUAAUGAUGGAAUACGCUCCAUAUGCCACGAACCAAAAUUAACUACUAUUCAAUAUAAUUAUCCAGUGAUUGGAUCUAUGAUAAAAGAAAUUGGUAAGAAAAAGAAUCUAUCAGUAUUUAUUCUUGCCAAAACUCACAUACUGUACAUCAUUCAACUAAAUGAUGUAGAAAAGGAAAUUAGGACAUUUAUUAAUUUGGAGGAACAUAAUGUAUUGUUAAAUAAAUGCAUCAGGAUGAGAACAUGGCUUGCAAGAAACUGGUUUAGAACCACCUUUAAGCAAAUUGAAGAGAUCAGUUGGGAAAUCUAUUGCAUGUGCCUGUUGUGCAUGAUGUAUAAGAAGAAACUGAAGACAAAAAAGUUUAUUUCCAACAAAAUAUCAGAGGUCUUUCUUUCCUGCAACCGUAUUAUAAAACAUUUACAGAAGACGGAACCACACAGUGAAAAAUACAAAGAAACUUUAAAACAACAUCUGGCUAAGAUGAAUGAGCUUGAUCAGAAUCUGAAGGAAAGAUUUCUGAAACCAAUUUCUCCCAUUACACAAAAACAGUUUCAUAAAUGGCUGGCAGGAAAGAUCAAUAAGCAACAGAUUAUAUGGAAAGAAGAUUUAAUUUUAUCAGAAAGAGAACCAAGUAAAUGGUAAAAUUUGUUUCAUUUGUAAGAAUUUAUAAACAUUUGAUUUGAAUUCACAAGCUGUGAGUAAAUUAGUUUUUAGAUACCUAAACAUAAUAAAAUGUAUAUAAAAACCUGGCGCCGGGACAACCGUGAUCCAGACGGCAGUUUCCCCAGGGUGAGGCUUGACCAUUGCACUUGGGUUUAGCUGACUCCUGCCACUACUCCAAACUGGGGCAGAUGGGAUGUGUAAUUUGUGGUAGCUGGGGACUGCGUUCGUGCUCUCCCCUUUAAAUAAUAUAAAAACCUAAAAGGAAUAUUGCAAUUUUAGUUUUAGCAAUUAUCAGUUUAUUUUUCUUAGUAAAAUUCUGAGAAAGAAUUAAUGUUUCAACUGGAAAUUAACUUCAUAUGAUUGAAGACUAUUCAAUAUUUUGUUCUUGUGAAGAUAACUACACAUUUAACUGUAGAGUAAAGGAAAUAUCACUAAGUAAAGUGUGUUCAGAUGAUAUAGAUGUUUUGAAUGCAUUUUCUGCCAACAAUGUCCAAAAAUCUUUAGAAGUGGGUACAGGAAGUAAACAAUAUAUACCUUCUGACAUAUCUGGCUUUGCUUGGGAAAAUUAAAGUUAAAAAUAAAAAUACACUGCAAAUUGAGUGCGUGAAUUUUCAACUUCAAUGUUUUUGGCAAAUAGUAAUGCUUCCUAUAAACAUUAUGGAGAUUAUCAACAGUAGAGUCCGAUCAUGUAUUAAAACUUAGUUUCACACCAGUUAUCUCGAAUAAAACGACUUCCAACAAUUUAACACUUCGUUCAGUAAUAAUAAUCCACGAAAACCUUGCUGUACAAGUGUUAUGUUCUUAACUACUCCACAAAUGCUUUCGACCUCCACCGAGGUCUGCUUCAGGUGGUGAUUCACCACGUGAAGCAGACCUCGGUGGAUUAUUAUUAUCUCGGAUAACCCGCAGCUGGCACAUGCUGUCAUUGUGGAAAUGGGAAAAUUCACUAUGAAUGCCAAUAGUAUGGAAAUCAGAAAUAAGUAACUGUAAAAGAAAGGCAACGCACUUUCUUAAGCUUCAAGAAUGAAAAUAAACAAAACAAUUAACUGCCAAAUUCACAACCAUUCUUGAUUGACAUCUUUGUUGAAACACUAGUAUAAGCCCAUCUUCGAUUACUGAAACCAGAGUCAAUGGAUUAUCUGGUCUCUGAAUACCUAUUGUUCUCACACUUAAAAGUAGAUGUAAUAAACAAGCUUGUUGAUAGAUGCUGCAAUUAUUUGGGCUCUUGGUUUGCUUAUAUCCAAUGCAGAAAAGCACUGUAUCUGUGUAAAAUAAAUGCUAUAAUAUCAGUAA